GGCAACUGAGAAUGCAGGCUCCCUCCACUGCGUCGUAUUCACUGGACCUACCGCCCCUCCCCCCUCGUUCCUGCUAUGGCAGCCUGGAUGACGGACUCUGGAGCAGCCUGCAGAGCAUUUAUUAGCACUCGCCUGCCAGACAAAUGGCGAACAGCGACGUAAGCUGUAUGCGUUGAAGCGUCACGACCCCUCACUCCAUCCACUGCCGUUGCGGCCUACUUGGGCGCGAAAGGGCGCUUGCAUGACCGGCUUUCCUGCUCCCAACACAACGUUACAAUCUUUGGAGCAUGCUUUGACCACCGAGCAGUGAGCGAGGCAGAGCUCGCGCGCAGACUCGAUGGCAAAUGUUAGCUUGUCCGUGCUUACUUCUACCUAUGUGGUACUCAAGCGGAUCCAGCUGCCGCUCUGGCACAUGACCGACACGACAGGCGGUGGCACGACCUCCAUCGACUUGCCUUUGCACUUUCGCACCGCUGUAGCACGGGGUCGAAUCCAUCAGCAAGGUCGACCUAGCGUCUCGUCACGUCGAGUGAGGAAGAAUGGGCGCUGUCCGCAAACGUCCAGGAUAGCGUCGUUCCGCUCGGAGAAUAGGUGUCCGUCAGCUCUACAAGUAGAGCGCCAUCUCCGGUCUGUGGUCAGAAUGCCAUACUGGUUAUGCUGCCCCAUACCUAUUUCAGCCGCUCUGUACAUGUCUUUGCGGGCAUACGAGGUGCUGCUGCGAAGAGCGAGUUCAGAAAUUACCGAGACGUUUGACGCCAUGCACUCGGAGAGGCUCCAGUUGACGUCCACAAACCUGGCGGCAAGAAGGCUUCGAUGGGGAGGAAGCGCCAGUCGCCACAGGAUGCGCAUCUUCAGUGAGAAUUCCCCUCAUCAACCUCAGGCGCUUUCUCCCUCUUGCGCGUUGCGCGUGUCUCCACGUGCUUGCGCUAAUGCGUCGUCCCUCCACCAGACAGGAAGUAAAAGCUCAGAGGGCUGGAAAAAGAGGCCUGGCGGAGGCAAAAGGAGAAGGCUUGCCUCCGCGGACAAGAAGAUGGAGGUCGGACGGAGGCGAAGAGGAGUUGUUCAGCUCCGCCAGAUCUGAGUCAGAGGUCUGACGGAGCUGGGUGACUAUUGUUUGCUUGCGCCAGAUGCAGAACUGGCGGCUAAUGGAGGGUACCGGUCUGCUCCCUCAACCUUCCUUCUCUCCGUCCGAGACCUGCUGACUUCGCCUUCACGCUCCCUCUACCAACUGCUACCACUAAACGGCCAGCUUGGAAUAGUCCACGUCAUCAUGAAGGUGUUAUCUCGUCGAUGAGCGUC